CGCUCAACCAAGUAAACCCUAAAAUACCAAUUGAAGCACAAAUUUAUUAUGUUAACAACUUUCAUUCUCCUUAGCGACGCAAUCUCUCCAAAUUCCCAACCGGAAAACAUGCCUUCACACAAGACUUUCAGGAUCAAGAAGAAGUUGGCCAAGAAGAUGAGGCAGAAUAGGCCCAUCCCUUACUGGAUCCGUAUGCGCACUGAUAACACCAUCAGGUACAAUGCUAAGCGUAGGCAUUGGCGCCGCACCAAGCUAGGGUUCUAAGCCCCAUGAGCCUAUUUGGUUAAAGUUUUUUGGUUUUUCUUUUCUUUCAAGUUUAUUUGCGGACAUUGUGAAUUUGUGAUGUGAUGUUUAAUGUAUGGAACUGCCGAGGGUGAGGGGUUCUUGAAUUAAAUAUUUUGAUGUGAUUUUUAGC